AUGUCACAACGAACAUUACGUGUCGUCGUCCUGCCGACACUUAACCAGAAGACUGUCUUCCAUGCGAGAUUCCUCCAACCAGCAAAUCCAUUUGAACGUGGUGCUAUAGUGGCAGCCUACGUUUUACGCAAAUGGAGAUAUUCAUUAUCAGACACACUAGCAUACUAUUGGCACUCAUUUGGCGCAACAUCAGAACCAAAAACAUUGUCGAGUGCCAUUUAUCGUGCUGGGAAUUACAUGACUACGAGGAGGAGUGCUGAUGAGUAUUUCUUAAAGAUGAUUCCAAUGGCCACUGAACGUAUUCAGUUCAUGUACCCAACAAGCUCAAACCUCGCACUCGUGAAAAAGAAUCUCAAUCUAUGGCUUCAAAACUCUGACCGCCACACAACAACCCUCUUCCUUUGGACCCUAAUCUUUCCAGUCGAUUUCUACGUCUCCAAAUUUUUCGUCGUGGGCGCAAACCUCCUCUUCAUAUACAACUGUUUCCGUGUUGUAUCAUCGUUUCGUGCCGUUAUGGGUGCACGACAGCUGAAGAAACUGGUUGAAGAGAAUGGAGUCGAAUUUGUUGCGAGUGAUGAAUUGCAGAAGAGUAUUGAGGAGAGUGCGAAUGAGAGUGGAGUACAAGUGGUAAAAGAUGGGGAUAUAGAUGAUGCUGUUGUUGAUGGUGUGGAGAAGAGGUUGAAAUGUGUUGAAUUGGGGAGGACGUACAGGAGGACGAGGUUUCAGUAUUUUGUGCAUGGUGGCAAAGAUUGA